AUGCGUCUCGCGGUCCUGGGGCUCCUCCUGGCCUCGCUCGGUCGCAUUUCCGCGCUUCAGAUUCAGCUGAACGAUCCAGAUUCCAUCAAGGAAGCCGCUUCCAAAACCGCUUACGGAUCGCUGCUAUGGUAUUCCGGUAACGAGACCGGCGGGAAUCCCGGUGCUUUCCCGGAGAAAUGGUGGGAGGGAAGCGCUUUGUUUAUGAGCCUGAUGCUCUACUACUACUACACCGGCGACGACCAGUACAAUAGCCUGAUCACUCAGGGGAUGCAACACCAGGCGGGCGACGGUGAUUAUCUGCCCGCCAAUUACAGCAGUUACCUAGGAUACGAUGACCAGUUUUUCUGGGGCGCCGCCGCCAUGCUCGCCGCCGAAAUCGGUUUCCCCGAAGACGAAGACGGAUACUCGUGGCUGUCGCUCGCACAGGGUGUGUACAAUACGCAGAUCAGGGCUUGGGAUACGCAGAACUGCGGCGGUGGUUUGCGAUGGCAGAUGUUCCCGUACCAGGCUGGUUACGCCAUGAAGAACUCGAUCUCCAACGCCGGUCUCUUCCAACUCGCCGCCCGUCUCGCUCGCUAUACUACCAACGAUACCUACGCUGAGUCGGCUCAGAUGGUCUGGGACUGGGCGGUUUCCUCGCCGCUAGUCAAUAACAAGACAUGGAACGUCGCCGAUUCGACCGAUAUCAACAACGGGUGCACGACGCAGGGAAACAAUCAGUGGUCUUACAACUAUGGCGCGUUCCUCAUGGGCGCGGCCUAUAUGUACAACUACACUGAGAAAGCCGAAUGGAAAACGGUCGUCAACGGUCUCCUCGGCAAGCUCCUCGACGAGUUCUUCCCUGAGCAGUACGGCGGCGGUAAAAUCUUCUCCGAAUAUCUGUGCGAACCGAGCGGACUUUGCAACUACAACGAAAUCCUCUUCAAGGGCAUUGUCUCGACAUGGAUCACAUUCGUCGGUCUGAUCGUCCCCGAAACGUAUGACCGCAUCUACACCAAACUUCAAACGUCCGCCCAAGCAGCGGCCCUCGCCUGCAGUGGAGCUGGCAACAACACCUGCGGCGUUAUAUGGUACAACUCCAGCUGGGAUGGUUCUAUCGGCAUGGAACAGCAAAUCAUCGCGACCGACAUCCUUUCGUCCGUACUCGUUUCCGAAAAGCCGACUCCCCCUCUGACAUCAAAGACCGGCGGAAACAGUACGAGUAAUGUGAAUGCCGGUACUGGUGACAGCAGCGGUAACAGCGGCGAGACGAAGCCGGUUACUACUGGCGAUCGAGCGGGCGCCGGCAUUCUGACGGUCGCUUUUGUUGGCCUCUGGGGUGGUAUGAUUGCGUGGAUGGUCCUCGGCGAGGGACUCUAA